UGGUGCCAGAAGUGUCAACUUUCAAACCCCUAGACUCCAAGUACUAAAGAACCAGGCCAAGCUAUAGGGGAGAGGCUAAGAAAUUGGGCCCAGCACCCAAAUAAUAAUUAACUUAUUUAAUAUUUAAAUGGUAUCCAUCUAUAGCCAUUUAGGUCAAGUUGGUUCUGAUCAGUAUACCUUCUCUAUCCCACCCCACCAUCCUCUGGUCCUCAUGCACAUUCCUGGUUAUCCUGGGAAAUGAGAGAUAAGAAAAUAUCUUUCUUGACUUCUCAUAAAAAUUCCCUGAGGAGAGGGAGAUUAGGGAAGUCAAGUUUGGAGGGAAAGGGGUGGUGAAGUUGAUAAAGGGAUUUAAAAAUCUUGAAGGGUAAGUUCUCUGGAGAUAUCCCUGGGAACAGACCAAUCUUUUCCCUACUGCCUUCCUAUAACAUGAUGAGAAAAUUUAAAAAGGAAAUUAACCUCCAAGAAUUUGAAGACCCUUAGGAUGGCUUCCUCUUUCUGUCCCAGGCCCUUUACUCUAGUCCUAUGCCCCUAUUCCCCCAAAUACAGACACUCUUUGCAAAGCAAAAAAAUAAAACAAUUAUUCAUUCUACCCACAGACUUGCCCAUUGGUUUUCAGGAGGAGCUGCUCCAAGUUUCUUUGGUAUCUGGAUUUUAAAAAAUGAUGAUGUUGACAGUACUUUAAGGUUUGCAAAUGCUUUACAAAUAUUCUCAUUUGAUCUUUUUGACUCUGAGAGUAGAUGCUAGAAUUGCCUCAAUUUUACAGAUGAAGAAACUGAGGCUGGUAGAAGCUAGUUGACACUUAUCAGGGGUCACAUAGCUAGUAAGUAGAAAAUUAUUCUGGGAUUCAUAAGGUUCCUGAGGAGUUAUGACACUGUUAUCUGUUUUUUUGUUGGGAGUGGAGUUGCUUAUAACACUUACUUCUUGAUCUUAGGAUCAAUACUACUUAUUGGUUCCAAGGCAGAAGAGUGGUACGAGUUAGGUGAUGGUGGUUAAAUGAUUUGCCCAGGGUCACACAGCUAGGAAGCAUCUGAAGUCAGACUUGAACUCAGGACUUCCUGUCUCUAGACCUGGGGUCUCAAUUCACCAAGCCUCCUAGUUGUUAACCAAGUAAUACAGUGCAUAGAGAGACAGACCUGGAGUUGGGAGGACCUGGAUUCAAAUCUGUUCUCAAAUACUUCCUAGCAGUGUGAUCCUAGGCAAGUCACUUAACCUUGAUUACCUAGCCCUUUUCAUUCUUCUAUCUUAAAAUUGAUACUGUCAGAAGGUAAAGAUUUAAAAAAAGACAGAGGCAGUGGCAAGAAUGAUAGGAGACAGUCGUUUAUGGCACAUAAGUGUUAGACACACUCACCUCUGACACUCAACCCCAGUGAGUGAUGGACUAGGAGAUGGGGAUCCCUCCACUUUGCUCUUCUCUAACAGAUACAAAAAGGUAAGUGACAGAAUUGUUCACCUCCAGCCCCACACUCUCCUCUCACAUGGUUUCUUUCCCUGUCCCCCAGAAUUCCUUACUUUAGGAACAGAAGGGACUAGAUGUUCUGUCACUGUGUCCUAAUGAUUCCCCAAGGGAUUGAAUGAAGCAGAAGAGCAGUAAGGCCUAGGCAACUGGGGUUAAGUAACUUUCCCAGGGUCACACAGCUAGGAAAUACCUGUUGUCAGAUUUAAACCCAGAACCUCCCAUCUCCAAGCCUGGCUCUCUAUCCAUUGAGCCACCUAGCUUCCCCAAUACAUUUAUAUUCUUUAAAAUUCUUAAGGACUCCACAAAAAGCUUUUGUUCAUGUGGGUUCUAUAUCAGUAUGUCUUAGUAUUAUGAAGAUAGUUUGGCUUUGUAGAAGUCCUGAAAGAGUGUUAGGAACCCAAAGACUCUUGGACCAAAUUUCUGAGAACUUCUGGAAUGGGAGGAUGCUGUAGUUUUAUGUACAUCAGCAGACAUUUUCUCUACCAUCUAGUUACUAGUGAAAUGAGAAAAACACUGAAUUCAGAGUAAAGUUUGUUUUUGUCUUUAUUGCCUCUUUACUUCUGGCAAGUCUUUACACUUCUCAAGGCUUCAGUUUCCCUCUUCUGCAAAAUAAGACAGAGAGAGAACAGUGAAGCAAAGAUCUGUGCAAAGGCAUAUAGGUCUGAAAUAAUCAGCACUUAGCACAGUGCCUGGUAUAUAGCAGUUCCUUAAUAAAUGCUUUUUGAUUGAAUUUGAGGACACAAGAACUGGCCCCUAUUAGAAAUCUCAUUCACCAUAGAGGUAGAGGGGAGGACAACUCUUUCCCACUGCUUCCUUUGCUUCCUUUUGGUAUAGUCCCUGAGCCCAGAUAUAUGACCCCUUUCUUAAUCCUUUCUGUGACUUGAAGAUUUCAGUCUGAUCCCUGAGAAUCCCAAAGAUCCAGAAGAUUAUGUGGGAAGAGUUUCAAGAGAUCAAAAGGGUAAAAUGAGUGUUGUGAAGAAAAGUACUAGAUGAACUAUUUAUAUAAUUCCAGCUCUACUACUGACUGUUGUUUGACCUUGGACAAGUCUCCUUCUGGACGGUUUUCCUUUCCUUAGAAAUGAAGGGAGAGGACUAGAUUAUCUCUAAGGUCCUUUCAAUUCUGAUGUCCAAAAUUCUGUGAACUAUUUGACCUUCUCCAACCUUUCAUUGUCCAUUCUGCUCAAAAAACCUGUCCUGAGGGGUAAAUCAGGACUGGUCAGAUCAGACAAGUUCUGUUUGAUCAGUUUGAUCAGACUGGUCAAAGCUGAUCCAGCAGGACCAUAAGCAUUAUGCCUAAUUGGGUAGGACUAGGAAGGAAAUACAUAUCCUGCGUCCUUUCUCAAUAUCCCCCCACCAAAAAGCCCCCAAAUUUUUUUCAGGCUCCGCCCAUGAUCCUGCCCCUUCUCGCCCUCAAGCUCCUCCUUUUCAGCACCACGAUAGGGACAGUUCCCAGGGUCGCGGCAACCUCUGUCUUCCCGUCUCUUCAGAAGCAAAGUGGGGCUACCCGGGCAGGACCUCAGGGAAGCUGCUGCCGGUGGAGGUUAAGAUCUGCAGUAACCCUGCACCUUGGCAGGGGUAGGGGGAGUCCUCCCCUCGGAGGCGGCAUCCACCCACCUCCAGCAACCUGCAGUUGUUGACUGAGAAGGUGCCGGGACGAUCGGGAUUCCAGGCUCCUGGGCCCAUGCAGCCAAAAGAUGCCGAUUCGCAGGGGGCAUGUGGCGCCCCAGAACACUUAUUUGGAUACAAUCAUUCGAAAAUUCGAGGGCCAGAGCCGAAAGUUCCUGAUCGCCAAUGCCCAGAUAGAGAACUGCGCCAUCAUUUAUUGCAAUGACGGGUUUUGCCAGCUCUUCGGUUACUCCCGAAUGGAGGUGAUGCAGCGACCCUGUACCUGUGACUUCCUCACUGGCCCUGACACCCCACCGAGUGCUGUGUCCCGACUGGCACAGGCUCUGCUGGGUGCUAAGGAAUGCAAACUGGAGAUCCUCUAUUACCGAAAGGAUGCUUCAUGUUUCCGCUGCCUGGUGGAUGUGGUGCCCAUAAAGAAUGAAGACGGAGACGUCAUCAUGUACAUUCUCAACUUCGAGGACCUGGCACAGCUCCUGGCCAAGAGCAGUAGCCAAAGCCUGACACAACAUCUAUUAUCCCAGGGCUUCCUAAGUUCCGAGUGCUCCUCAGGCAAGCUAGGUGGGCAAAGCUCUGCAUCUGACACAGACCAGGUCAAGUAUCGCACCAUCAGCCAAAUUCCCCAGUUCACACUCAACUUUGUGGAGUUCAACCUGGAGAAGCACCCAUCGAACUCUACUACCGAGAUUGAGAUCAUCGCACCACACAAGGUGGUGGAACGCACCCAGAACGUCACUGAGAAGGUCACUCAGGUCUUGUCCCUGGGAGCAGAUGUGCUUCCUGAGUACAAGUUGCAGGCUCCCCGAAUUCAUGGAUGGACCAUCUUGCAUUACAGUCCCUUCAAGGCUGUGUGGGACUGGCUGAUCCUGCUUCUGGUCAUCUACACAGCCGUCUUCACUCCCUACUCAGCUGCCUUUCUACUCAAUAACCAAGAAGAGUCCAGGCACUGGAACUGUGGCUACACCUGUAACCCACUCACUGUGGUGGAGCUCAUUGUGGAUAUCAUGUUCAUUGUGGACAUUGUCAUCAACUUCCGAACCACUUACGUCAACUCCAACGAUGAAGUGGUGAGCCAUCCAGGCAAGAUCGCUGUACAUUACUUCAAGGGUUGGUUCCUUAUCGACAUGGUGGCUGCAAUUCCCUUUGACCUUCUCAUCUUCCACACUGGUUCUGAUGAGACCACCACACUGAUUGGGCUUCUAAAGACAGCAAGGCUGCUACGAUUGGUUCGAGUGGCCCGGAAGCUAGACCGCUACUCAGAAUAUGGCGCCGCUGUACUCUUCCUCCUCAUGUGUACCUUCGCCCUCAUCGCCCACUGGCUGGCCUGCAUCUGGUACGCUAUCGGCAAUGUGGAGCGCCCCUACCUGGAACAUAAGAUCGGAUGGCUAGACAACCUGGGUGACCAGAUUGGCAAGCGCUACAAUGACAGUGACAUGGGUUCAGGUCCCUCCAUCAAAGAUAAAUAUGUCACCGCUCUCUACUUCACCUUCAGCAGCCUCACCAGUGUAGGUUUUGGCAACGUAUCCCCCAACACCAAUCCUGAGAAGAUCUUCUCCAUCUGUGUCAUGCUCAUUGGCUGUGAAACAUCCAUCUCUGAGGUCCCUUACCUCAGUACAGUAAAGCAGGGUGGGCAACAUCUUGGGAACAGAAGAAACUAUGUCAGGUCCCUGCCUACAAGCACUUGUUUUUACCUUGGGCCAGCAGGGAAGAAUGACAUCUUUGGAGAGCCCAUCAGCCUCCACACCCAGCCAGGCAAGUCCAAUGCAGAUGUGAGGGCCCUGACCUACUGUGACUUGCACAAGAUCCAACGGGAAGACCUGCUGGAGGUCCUGGACAUGUACCCUGCCUUUUCGGAGAGCUUUUGGAGCAAACUCGAGAUCACUUUCAACCUUCAUGAUGUAGACAGGAUUUCUCGAUCACCACCCAGCCAGGACCAGGAGGUCCCCUACCAUUGGGCCAGGCCUCCCCAAUCUGUUCUAAAACGUUGCAAGCUUGGUAUCUCUCAAGGACUGGAUGGUGUAAAAGCAUCUAGGAAGUCACCACAAACCCACCUGCACGGGUCCCCUGGCAAGACCCCCUGGGAUGAGUUCUGUAGCAGCUCCUUGACCAGUUCCCUGAGCAGUGAGACUGAGACCGGACCUCCAAGCCCUUCCACCUCCUCCAGACCCAGGAGCCACCCUCACACCCAGGAAGAAUUCUCCCCUGCCAAUCUUAACCUCAUCAAUCCCAAAACUGAUUUCCUAGCUCAGGAAGGCAGCAAUGCCGGGAGGUACUCAGCCAGAGCCAGACUGCCAGGCACCUCGGAUGUGCUUGAAUUCUGGCCUGAACAUCCUGCAGCAUCCCAUCAGAUGCCUUCCCAGCACAUACCCCUGGUGCACAACCCCCAGGAUGGAGGCCAGGAUGGUUGGCCACGGGAACUGGGCUCCAGGUUGGAAUGUCUCAAGUUCCAGCUAAACAGGCUGGAAUCUCAAAUGUCUUCGGAUCUCAGCAUUAUUCUGAAACUCUUGCACCAACAUUUGUCCCAAGGACCUUCUGCCUAUGACCCUGUCUCUCCAGCCUCAGAGUCUGGGGGCUUGUUUCCUCCUCUUGCUGCUGCCACUGCCGCUGGUGCUCAGGACCCUGGGCCCAUGAAGCUGCAGAGCUCUUUGUCUAGAGAAGACUCCACAGUCCCUGGACAGACUCCAAACUACAGUGACCUGGAAAAAUAUAUUCAGAAAUAAAGAGAUUCUUCAUCCAGUGACAUUUAUCUUCUGGUGGCAUGAAAUGAUACCUUGAUCCUCUCUUAUGAGCAGGUGCAGCCUGAACAAUUUCCAUCCUCUCAGGCACCCCCUCUAAGAUUGCACUGGUUAUAGAAAGGCAGGUGUUGUUCUCACCUUCCUUCACUCCUAGAAUACCUUUAAUCUUCUCCCACACAGCUGAACUUUCAGAAGCAUCCCUCAGAUUUAGCUCAGCAGCAUGACUGGGCCAUCAAGGAAUUUGAGUCACUGAUUCCCAUAACAACUGAAACCCUUGCUGACAGGACUGAGUAUUUGUGUAUAUAUGUAGUAAGAGUAGGAAGAUACCACUUAGACUUGGGAGAGGAUCCCCCAACCCCUCCAAAGCAUAGUCUCUAAAAACAUUUUCCCUAGAUUAACAGCUUCCAAGUACAAUCGAAAAUAAUCCCAAAACAAAUCUAAAAACAUUUUUUUCAGUGACAUGUAAAAACAAUUUUUGACAAUUAUUUUCUGACACUUUAGGAUUCAGCUUUUCUCCUCUCCUUCCUCCCCCCUCCUCCAUGAGGCAAUUAAAUAGUCCAAUAUGGAAUAUACCAGUAUUUUCAUACAAUACAUAUUUCCAUAUUGCUCAUGUCAUGAUAGAAGACAAACAUCACCUCAAAACAACUUUGUCUCAUAACAGUAAGACAGACAUUCAACACCUUUCCCAGAUUCUUCUAGGGCCAUCUUCAUAAACCUGCUGUAAUGGAAGAGGAAUGUUCCUGAAAUGUGGGAGAAGAAAGAAUAUUACCAAAUGGCACAGGAAAAAAAAAAAACAUCUAGUUGUUCAAGGCUAGGCUUUUGAGGAUAAGUGGGAUGAAGAGAAAAAUCUCUGGUCCAUAUUGACAGAAAUCCUGAAUCUAGAGAGGACAAGUUCAUCAUCCUUUCCCACAACUAGACCUGUUCUGAGUGACUUCCACUAUGAAAAAAAUCUGACUCUGGCUAGAAAAGUCAGCAUUCUGUGGUUAAUACUUUCCUGGGAAAGGCAUAGCUUCCAGCCCAUUCAUGAUGACUUCAUUGUCUCAACCUCUGCUCCUCUGAUGUUUGUCUUAAGUAACUUUUCCAAAAGAUCUGCAUUGCCACUUGGGCCCCUCUGGAGAAAUUGUAGCAUUCACCUAGCUAAUAAAUUCAUCAAAACUCAGACUGGAUUGUAUGUAUGAUACUCAGCCUCACAAUCACAUCCGUUCUGAUUACCUUUAAAAAUCUGAGUGUGGAGGGAAGAACAAGCUUAGAUAGGUAAGCAGAAGAUUCAUAUUCUGGGCAGUUAUAUCAUAGGAUCCUAGGAAUGGAAGUGUAUAAAUGACAGAGCUGUAAUUAGGGUGGGAGCAGCUAGAGCUUUGUUCCUAAUAUAAUAAAUUUAAGAUACAAAAAAAAAUUAACUGAUACGCUUCUUCCACAGGCAAGUAAAUUAGGAAAAUUUGAAUUUUGUACAGGAAUGAUGAUU